CGGACCAUGUCCUUCUUCGAAGCCAAAGUCAAGAAGCCGAUCGUCGACCUGCUCACGUCGGGAGCCUCGCCCCAUAGCCUCGCGCUCUCGAUGGCCUUUGGCGUGACCUGCGGUAUCUUUCCGAUCCCUGGCGUGACAAGUGUCCCGGUCGUCGCCGCCGUCUUCCUCUUUGGGCUCAACCCGGUGGCGGCGAUGCUCAUGAACUACCUCUGCACGCCGCUCAACAUUGCGUCCGUGCCCGUUUUCGUGGCGUAUGGCGGCCAGUUCUUUGGCGCGGGCGCAGAGGACUUUUCUGUCUCGACGCUGCUCCAAGGUCUGCAAGACGACACGCUGGCGACGCUCGGGCAGUUCCAGUACGUGCUUCUGCACGCUAUCUACAUGUGGCUCGUCUUUCUGCCGAUCGGGACGCUCGCGAUCUACCUCGUGUUGUACCCGAUCCUCAAGGUCAGCAUUGGGAGUGCGGCCACCAAGCCCAAGACGACGUAAGUUCGACUCGAACGCCGCGUCGUCUUCUCCAAGAGCGUUCCUCUAUUACUUGUAUCACGAGGCAAUAUCACAGACCCUUGCUAUUGAGUGCAAGCCCCCGACUUGCACGAAUACAACGAAAUCCAGCACGCAAACGUCCCGUGCAUUCCACAG